ACAACGGGAUGAGGUCCCGGAGUUUUGCGGUGAUUUGCGGGGUCUAAGUGUGCCUAACAGCGCCUCUUAGCUGUGCUGAAACCCCUGUAAAGCUCUGCGUGCGUGAUUUCGGACUUGCCUUGUAUAGUCAACAACACCGUAUCCUGCUAAACAACCACUGGUGUCACACGCAAGCGUGAAAUCUGACGUGAUGCUGCUGCCACCGUCCCAUUCCGCCGUGUGUUGGGAUCCUCCCUUCAGACAGCCGUGCGUAUGCGCUGGUAACAAAACAACGGCUGUCAGAGCAGUAUCUAAACAGAAACGAGCAGUUAACAGACAGAAAGCACUAGGUAACGUGAGCUGGAUUGGUUUCCUGCGGCAAUGUAAAGAUGGCGAGAGUGCUUCACAACUUACUAUUAUUUCUAAUCAGACUUACGCUGCAAAUCAGAGUGGCGGGGUAUUGGACAUUGAUAUACGGUUACUGUGCUCUUUGCACCAUCGUAGCCCUGCUGAAACUUUGCUGGAACCUCAUCCUAAGGCCGACAGCAACCUUGCAGUGGGUGAUUCGUGAAACCCCUCCGGCUUGUCUGAAUGACACGUCCUUGGGAACCCACUGUUAUGUUAGGAUCAAGGAGUCUGGCCUGAGGUUUCACUAUGUUGCUGCUGGAGAAAGAGGAAAGCCGCUCAUGCUGUUUUUACAUGGCUUCCCUGAGUUCUGGUUCUCCUGGCGCUACCAGCUGCGUGAGUUUAAGAGUGAUUUCCGUGUGGUGGCCAUUGACAUGCGGGGCUACGGGGAAUCCGACUUGCCACUCUCCACUGAAAGUUACCGCUUUGAGUACCUGGUGACUGACAUCAAGGAUAUCGUGGAGUAUUUAGGAUACAACAGAUGUUAUCUAGUGGGCCAUGACUGGGGUGGGACCAUAGCGUGGCUGUUUGCCAUUCACUACCCAGAGAUGGUGAACAAACUCAUUGUGCUGAACUGUCCCCAUCCUUCUGUGUUCUCAGAUUAUGCCCUCUGUCACCCAAGCCAGCUGCUGAAGUCCAGUCAUUUAUUUUUCUUCCAGCUGCCCCGCUUCCCAGAGCUCAUGCUGUCGAUCAACGAUUUCAAGGCACUGAAGGCCUUGUUCACCAGCCGCAGCACAGGGAUCGGGAGGAAAGGCCGAUGGCUCAGUGCAGAGGACUUGGAGGCCUAUUUGUAUGCACUGUCACAGCCGGGAGCCCUGACAGGAGCCCUCAACUACUACAGGAAUGUCUUCAGCUCCCUCCCCCUGAGCCAGAAUCACGUCAGGUCUCCGGUGCUGCUGCUGUGGGGCGAGCGUGACGCCUUCUUGGAGCAGGAAAUGGCCGAGUCUUGCCGCCUCUACAUCAGGAAUCAUUUCCGUCUCAAUAUCAUUUCUGGGGCCAGCCACUGGCUGCAGCAGGACCAGCCUGAUAUUGUCAACACCCUCAUAUGGACCUUCCUCAAGGAGGGAGAAGGACGUAAAAGCUACAGGAACUAA